AUGGCCAUGCAGGGCUCAGGGCAUGAUCCCUACUCGCUGUUUGACGCAGAGCGUGCUGUCCUCGUCGCCGCCCCGCCGUCGUUUGUCGUCUUUGGCCCGCCCGGUGCAGGAAAGUCAGAGCUGGCCGCUCGGCUAGCUGGUCAGUAUGGCCUGGUUCACAUCCAAAUGGACUCGCUCAUCACAGACGCCCUGGCUGCUGCUCGAGACGCCGCUCGAAAGACAGAGCGUGACGCCCGCAAGGCUGAGAAGGCUGCUCGCAAGGCUGCUCGCAAGGCCGCUCGCCGAGCACGCAGGCGGAAGAAGCACCGCACGGCGACCGAACCGGACGGAGAGGUCGAUGGAAGCGCCGAAGAUGGGGGCACAGAGACUGGCGUCGAGACUGGCGCUGAGACUGGCACAGAGACUGGCACAGAGACUGGCGCCGGGACCGGCGCCGAGCCUUUCGCAGCGACCGGAGCUGAGAGCGGCGCGGAUGCUCCGGAAGAGUCGCCAAUGACCGGCCUCAAUGCCCGGGUUAUGGACGCGCUGCUCUCUGGCGGCGCAGUGACUGCCGACGACGCGCUGCUGCUGCUGCGGAGAGCGUUGGCGGCGCCGACAGUUGCGUUUCGUGGAUAUGUGCUCGACGGCGUGCCGUCGUCCGAGGCCGAGCUGGCUGCUCUCGACUCGUGGGGCGUCCGUCCCGAGUACGUUGUUCGGCUGGAGACGCCACUGGCCGAUGUUAAGCCGCGAAUCGAGGGCAUCAAGGUCGACCCGGUAACCGGCCACCGGUUCUCGGUCCUCCAGCUCAACCCGCCUAAGCCGCUGCCCAAAACUCUGGGCUCUCGGCGGAAGGACAAGCGGAUGAUGGAGCGGGUGGUCCGAACCAACCCACUCCUCCACCCUCCGGUCCGCACCAUGCCUGGCGCGCCCGAGCGCGACGAGUAUGACGAGAGGCCAGCCAGCGGCUUUCUCUCCGAGGGUGAGACUGGAAGCGGCGACGACGAGGAGUACGCAGACGACGACGGAUACUAUGACGACGAGUAUGAAGAGGCCGCGUCGGCACUAGGCAGACGAGCGACGCCAGGCGCAGGCUUUGAUGACGAUUACGACGAGUCAAUGGAUACGGCGGCGGUGGCCGAGGCCGAAGCCGCAGGCAAGCUCACCGACCGCGUCCGCGAGCGACUGCUCGACGCACCCGAAGUCCUGGGCGUGGACGUGGCUGACUCGUACGAGUACUACGCAUCGACCAUGCUGCCUUGGAUUGAGUCGUACAUCGAGCCAUACGCGGCUAAGAACCCCGACAAGCUGCUCAGGCUGGACGGUAGUCUGCAGCCGGCGGUCAUCUUUGAGCACCUGGUCCAGGUUCUUGACCGUGUUCCGCUCGCUCCGGUUGUCACGCCUGUCAAGCUGGAGGUGCCGGACGACUUUGGCUCGUACGCUCGCCAGGACCAACUCGACAUGCUGACUUCGCUCGACCUCGACGACGACGCGCCGCUCCGCACACUCUCACGGUGGGGUACGUACUGCCCCGUUGCGCUGCGCGAGGACAAGGCCAUGAUCGACCGCGUCAUGGAGUUUCCGGUCUCGUACCGCAACAAGCUUUACUUUACCUCGUCGCGUCGGGCCCGGCACAAGUUCCUCCUUAACCCCAACAACUACCUCGAUGCCCCUCCCGAGGUCUUUGGCCUCAAGAUUGCCGUUCUCGGCCCGCCGCUCUCUGGUAAGUCGACUCAGGCGGCUCGGCUUGCCGACCAUUAUGCGCUCAAGCACAUUUCAGUCGACGAGCUUGUCACGGCCGAGCUGGCAGAGGGUACCUCCAAGAUGGCGACCAAGCUCCGCGAGACGCUGGCCAACGGCGGCACCGUUGCCCCAGACGUUUACGUCGAGCUCAUUGCUCGCGCGCUCGGCAGGGCCACCUCGGAGACUCCGGAUGUGCCCGAAGACGCUGCCUUGCCACCUGACGCCGGCCUAGACCCCGUCAUCUCUGGUGACUUUGCCACACCACGCGGCGGGGACGAGGGCGAGGACGAUGCCGACGAGUACGAGUACGAUCGUGUGUCGCCCGACGACGACUACGACGACUACGAGGAUGAGUAUGGCGACGAGUACGGCGACGAGUACGGCGACGAGUACGGCGACGAGGCCGACGGCGAACGCAGCGAGUACGAAGAUUAUGAGGCGUACGAGUACGAGGACGAGUUUGGCAUCGCCGCUGCCACUGCUAGCGGGCCUGGGGCGGCAAGCACCCAGGUCGAGGAGUCGACUGCCGUCUCUGCCGGCUGGGUUCUCGAUGGCUUCCCGCAGACCGUGGAGCAGCUGGAAGCGCUGGUCGGGCGCGGCAUUCUGCCAACCAACGUAAUCGUUCUCGAGGCUGCUGGGCGUGACGACGAGUCGGACUCUGGCGAGGCUGCGCUAUUUGAGCGGGCGACCCGGCUUGGAACGCACGUGGUGACCGGCGAGCUUUCUGAGAGCGAGUCUGAGUUCUCGGACGCCAUGCCGUUUUCGUUUGUCGCCGAGCCGAUGGCGGUGCCAAUCUCGCGCCGGAGUGAGGGCGGCGGACAGGACUGGGCCACCGGGCGGCUGCCCGAAGUUCUGGGGCUGGCGUCGCUCGAGGCGCAGCUCGAGUCGUUCCAGACGCGGCUGCCGGACGUGCUGGAGGCGCUGGACGAGCUCGAGCUGGACGAUGAAGCCAGCCGACCGGUGGUAGAGACGGUCAACUGCGUCGACGGGCCAGACACGGUCUUUGGCUCGAUCCUGCAGCUGGUGGAUCCGUUUGUGGAAGUCCCGCGUGACGCGGCGUUUGAGGACUUUGUGCACCUCGACGAGUUUGGUCUGCGGUCCGAGCCUGGCUCCGACGCCGACUCGGAGUUGGGCUCAGUCGCGUCGCUUGCGGCCGGCUCGGACGCCGAGCCCGUCGAGUACGUCGACUAUGGCGAUACCGGGCGGUUCUGCCCGUGUGAGCUGGCCAAGAAUGGCCAGCUUGCUCGCGGCUUUGACUCGCUGGCUCUCUCGUACCAGGACAAGCUCUACCUGUUUUCUGAUGAGCGGUCGCUGGAAAACUUCCGGGCCAACCCGUCGUUGUACCUUCCGCAUGUGGAGCGGCCGAAGAUUCCACCGCCGCGGUUUGUGCUCGUCGGCCCCGAGGGUGCCGGCAAGACGACACUGGGGCGGGAGUUGGCGACUCAGUUUGGUCUUCCUGUCGUCUCACUUGUCGCCGUGGCGACCAAGGCGCUGGUCGACAUUGUGCGUCCGCCCAAGGACUACUCGGACGACGAGUACGAGUACGGCGAGGGCCGGCCGGCGGGCGGGUACUCGGAUGACGGCCAGUCUGGCGACGGCGAGUACGACGACGGCUACGAGUACGAUGACGAGAAGCCAGCUCGCGGCGCGUCGCCUGCGCUGGACACUCUGCCGCUUGGAGGCCGCGGAAUUUCGCCGCUGCCGCCGGUCCUCGGCGGACCGGACGAGCUUGGUGGCAGCUCCAAGGCCGGAAAGGAGAAGGUGGAAGUGACUGAGGCCGAGGUGGUGGCCACGCUGAGCGAGCUUGGUGCCGAGGUGAUGACGCUGCUUUUGCGGCAUGCGCUCAACUCAGACGAUGCAGUGGGCGCAACCGGUUAUGUGCUGGACGGCAUGCCGCUGACGCUCGACGCGGCCGAGGCGCUGCUCAAGUGCGGGGCGCGGCCGGAUGUGGUGCUGGCAUGCGUGAUCGAGGAGCGCGCGCUGCUCAAGCGCGCUUUCGAGCCGCCGGCGCCGCCGACGCCCAAGCCUGCGCGCGAGAGCGCCGGAGGCGAUGGCUACGACGACGGCUACGGCGAGGACUACGACGACGAGUACGACGCCGAGGCGCGCCAUGCUGAGGUUGUGGAAGAGGCGCGAGCGGCGUUCCUCACAAAGGCUGACGACGAGCUCAAUGCCAUGUUCGAGGUGCUCGACGAACUCAAGGCUGCCAACGUGCAUGUGGAGGAGGUGGAGAUGUCGCGCCGGGCCUCGGCACUGGUGGCGACAGCCAAACGGGUGCUGGCGCCUUUUACCGAGGCUCGCACCUCGCUGCUCGAGUCUGUACGGCCGGUGCGGCGGGCCGAGGCAAACCGGCUCCUCUCCGAGGGCCGACGUGCCCUCUCCAAGUUUGGCCUCUUUUGCCCAGUCAAGCUCAUGGAGGACUCGUCGGUCCUGCUGCCCGGCCGCAAGCACCCUCUUGUCUACCGCGGGCAUGUGUACUACUGCUCGUCGAGCGAGGCAGCGCGCAAGUUUAUUGCGCACCCGGUCAAGUACGUCUCGCAGCCGCCUCCGCCGCUGAUGCUGCCGACGACGUGGGCGCGGCCGCGGGUGGCCAUCAUCGGGCCGGACAAGUCGGGGCGAUCGUAUCUGGCAAAGCGGCUUGAGCGCGAGCUGGGCAUGGUGCGGCUGUCGAUGGGCGAGGUGCUGCGGCGGGUGCUCAAGCUGCGGUCGUCGCUGGCCGAUGCGGUGCGCGCCAAGCUGGAGGCCGGCGAGGCAGUGCCGGACGCGUUGUGCGUGGAUGCGCUCGCUGCAGUGGUGCACCAGCACCCCGCUGACACCUACGGAUGGGUUCUCGACGGAUUCCCCAGCUCGCGAGUGCAGAUGGAGCUGAUGGAGGCGGCCGGAGUCACGCCCGGCCUGCUCUUCUCACUCCACCUCGAUGAGGAGACAGUGCUCGCGCGAACGGCCGAGGCGCGCAACGACCCCGGCCGGCCGCAUGCGGCGUUUGACUCGCAGGCGGUGGUGUCGUCGCGGUACCAGGCUUUUGUGGCCGAGGUGGAGGCGUUGGAGUCGCACUACGCGCACACGUAUCUCAACAUGGUGGUCAUGGAUGGCUCGACGUCCAAGUGGGCGCUGUGGGACUCGCUGCGGUCGACGCUUGUCGCCAACGUGGCCCGGCGGCAGGCGUACUUGCAGGCGAUGAAACUCGACCGGGCCGCACCCGCCGGUGGGCUCAACUUUACGGACUUUGACACUGGGACCGGGGCAUGGGGCAACUAUUGCGUGGUGUGCCUUGGCGACGCUGCCGAGCUGCGCGACAUGGGCCUCGGCCCGGCAGCCUCUGAGUUUAUUGCGUCGUACAAGGGCGAGUACUACAAGCACUGCACGGCGGCGCAUCUCGAGGCCUUCAUCAGCGACCCGGAAAAGUACCUGGCACACCCGCUGCCAUCGCCGCUGCCCAAGGCGCUGAGCGCAGCCGAGGGCAGCGUGCUGAGCAACCAGCAGCUCGAGCUGCACGGCUUUUGCGCGGUUACGUACGCAGGCGGGCCCAAGGGCCUGGCUUACCUCCAGGCGCGGGCCGGCAAGGCCGGGCAAGGCUACACCGAAACCAUCGUGCCGGGAUCGCGGGAGUUUGCGGUCAAGUACGGCGACGCGUACUACGUGUUUGUCGACGAGGAGGCACGGACCAAGUUUAUGCGUAAGCCGACGCUGUAUGUCGACCUUGCGCUGCCGGCCAAGCUUCCGCCCGAUGGCCCGCGAUUCGACGAGCUCUCACAGAAGGAGCAGGCCCAGCUGCUGGGCAAGCUGCCGAUGCUUGGCUUUAUGGAGCAGCACCUUGGCCCGCUGCUCAACCAGGCCCUGGAGGCUGUGGGCGAGGCGAGACCGCUGUACCCCAAGCGGAGCGCGAGAGCGUCGGCCUUGCACUACCUCGCACUCACGCUGAGGGCGAACAACCCGAAUGCGACUGAGUUUGUGCGCUCCAAGUACGCUGGCAUGCUUGACGAGUUUGAGCGCGGCUGCGCCCUAACCUCGUAUCUGGCAGCCCACCAUCCUUACGCUGACUCGCCGGUGCCAGAUGAGAGCACUGCUGAUCUUGUUGGCGACGGGGUGAGCCACGCCGAACGACUUGCGGCGUAUGACGCCCUUCUUGAGCAGGAGAAGUAAACUGCGUGUUAACGGC